CACUCUUGUUUGGAAACCGAAUGAAAGUGUGCGUACUAACCUAAUAUAAUUAUUGUCCUUAAAAAUCUCACAAAUUUGCUCGUAAGCAUGAUUGAAUAACAAAAACAGUGCCGAAUUUAAUAAACAACCUAUAAAAUUCCACUUACAAAUAACAUCCUUCACAAACAAACCAAUUUUUACUACCUAACCUAAAAUGUCAGCCAUCAAAAUCACAAUCCUUAGUUCAGGAUUCGUGCUCCUCUCAUCCCUGUCAGCAUACACUUACAUGUACUGCCAAAAGAAAGUGAAAUCAAGAUGCUUCCGACACAUUCCUGUGACGACAUCAGAUUUAAGUAAAGGUGACAACGUCAAAUACCGAAAGCACAUCAAGACUGUUGUAGAACUCAUCGACAAAGCCACCAGAUCAGUAUACAUCACCAUGUAUCUAUUUACUAUCCGAGACUUUUGUGGAGCCUUGAUCAGAGCCCAGCAGCGAGGGGUUGAUGUUAAAAUCAUCUUGGACGGGACCAUGAUGAACUGUAUGGGGUCUCAGAAGGGUAAACUCGCAGAAGGAGAUAUAGAAAUCCGGUGCAACACAGACUUGAACUUUCUUAUCCACCAUAAGUUCUGUUUGAUCGAUUCGGAUUGCAAAAAUUGGCUUACAGAAUUUAAAUCGGAUGCUGAGUUGCCUUUGCAAGGAAUUUUGAUUACUGGAUCACAAAACUGGACCAGACAGGCGACAACUGGAAAUUGGGAAUAUCAACUCUAUACCUCUAGUCAAGCCCUCGUCCGCAGGUUCCACAAUGAAUUUAUGCGAAUGUGGGAAGUUUUCACACCGCAAUAAAAUUUAUUUAGGUAUUUUAAAGAGUGACGACUGCAUUCCAUAUCUUGUUCUGCAAUAUCUAAUGCAUAAUGAAUAUGUGUAUAUAAUAAAAUGACUUUUAC